AUGCCUCUAAAAGAUGUGCUGGCGCGCAUCUCUAAGCUUGUCGUGCUAUCCUACGUGAUUGACUGGGUCUUCAUCAUUGGAAUUGCUCUAAUUGGAUAUGGAUUCUCCAAAGUCGACCCUAGCCAACACCCCUUCUCCCUAACCGACCCGACCAUCGCCUUCCCCUACAAAGAAAAAGAGACCGUAUCGACUGCCGCUCUGAUCCUUGCUGGACUGUUGGCCCCCGCUGUGAUAGUAUUUGCCGGUGCACUAUUCAUUGUCCCCGGAACAGCAGCCGAAGGUGGUGCGCGGCCUUCCAAGUCGCAGAUCCUACGGCGCAAGGUCUGGGAAUGGAACGCAGGAUGGAUGGGCUUGGCCGUGUCGCUGGCAGGCGCAUUCAUGGCUACACAAGGAUUGAAGAGUCUACUUGGAAAACCACGCCCGGAUAUGCUUGCACGCUGCAACCCGGAUCUCAACGCCAUUGAGGAGAAUCUUGUUGGUGGACUUGGUGUUGCCGGAGCUCCCAUCAUCGUCUCCUGGAAGAUCUGUCAAGAUCAAUCCGAUUUCCUCAAGGUAGAUGGAUUUUCCUCUUUCCCGUCUGGUCAUGCCUCCUUUGCGUUCUCUGGACUGGCCUACCUAACGCUAUGGUUCUGCGCCAAAUUCUCCGUCGGCUUCCCAUACUUGUCAUACUUCCCUACCGAAGGCGAAACCCAUUCCGAUGACCGCACAUCUGUACGAACUCGCGGUGCCGCACCGCCAGUUCUGAUGAUGAUAUUCGCACUUGUACCCACCGCAACCGCUACAUUCAUCGCAGCAUCGCGCUGGGCUAAUUGCCGACACCACGGCUUCGAUGUGCUAUUUGGCUCUGCGCUGGGAAUUUUCUUUGCCUACAUUGGGUUCCGCAUGUACCACCUCCCUAUCCAGCGUGGAGCUGGCUGGGCUUGGGGGCCGCGGGCACGCCGUCGAGCUUUCAUCCGAGGCAUAGGAUUCCCUAGCUCUUUGGGCACGGAUAGUUGGUCUUAUGCCCCUAAAGCUGAGCAGGCUGGUCACAACGGCAUAUACGCGGAAUCAAACGUUCGCGAUAAUAGCUACGUGGAGCGUGAGGCCGAGCAUAUUCCCAUGCAGGAACAACCGGCGCAUAGUCCGGUUGAAAGAGUAUAA